AUGCAGCAGGAAGGUGAGGCACAUCGAUCGGAGGCGUGGUCCCCAACCGUCUCACACCCACCAUCUCCCGACGCAGCGCCGCCUCCUCCACCAACUACGACGGUCGAUUUCACCGGCCCCGACGACAAACGCAACCCGCAGAACUGGUCCCUCGCCUUCAAAUGCCUCGUCAUCUCCAUGAUGAGCUACAGCACCACCGCGGUGGUCCUCUACUCCUCGAGUUACACCUCCGCCAUCCCCGGCAUGCAAGAGGAGUGGGGCAUCUCGAAGCAGACCGGCAUCCUCGGCGUCACCACCUAUCUGUGCGGCCUGGCCGCCGGCGCGGUGGUCCUCGCGCCCCUGUCGGAGAUGUACGGCCGACGGCUCAUCUACAUCGUUGCGACGUCCCUGUUCUUGGUCUUCGUCGUGGGCUGCGCCGUGGCGCCGAACAUCACGACCAUCCUGGUGAUCCGCUUCUUCGGCGCUUUCUGUGCGAGUGCGUUGGUCAGCAAUGCGCCCGGUUCCGUGAAUGAUAUCGUCGACGAGGAUUACCGUGCUCUGGCGUUCAGCGUUUGGAGCGUAGGGCCCAUCAACGGCCCGGUGCUCGGACCGGUGAUCGGUGGGUUUGCUGCGCUGUUGGGUUGGAGAUGGACGAAUUGGGUCGUCCUCAUCGGCUCCGCUGUGGGUCUCGUCAUGCAGAUCAUCGUUCCGGAGACGUACGCACCUGUCAUAUUGCGGCGCCUGACCGCGAAGAAGCGCCGUGAAUCCAACGAUGACAGAUAUUGGUGUCGGUUCGACGACAAGGAGGAAUUCCUCCCUGCGCUCAAGGUCAACCUCUCUCGUCCUUUCGUUCUGACCGUCACGGAACCGAUUUGUAUCUUCUGGGACUUGUACAUCGCGCUGGUCUAUGGCAUCCUCUAUCUAUGCUUCGUCGCGUAUCCCAUCGUCUUCACCGAGAUCCGCGGCUGGUCCUCGAGCAACACGGGCCUCGCGUUCCUCGGCAUCGGCGUCGGCUGCCUCACCACCAUCUCCCUCGAGCCGGUCUGCCGCAGGAUCAUCAACUCGCACCCGCUCGACCCGGAGACGGGCAAACCCUACCCCGAAGCCAUGGUCAGCAUCGUCUGCGUCGCGGCCAUCCUCAUCCCCACGGGCGAGAUCAUCUUCGCCUGGACCUGCACGCCCAACGUGCACUGGAUCUUCCCUAUCCUGGCCGGCAUCCCCUUCGGCAUGGGCAAUGCCGGCGUCUUCAUCUACGCGACGAACUACCUCGUGCAGUCCUACAACAUCUACGCCGCGUCCGCGCUGGCCGGCAACGCCGUGGCCCGCUCCGUCAUGGGCGCCGUGCUGCCGCUCGCCGGGCCCGCCCUCUACGCCGCCCUCGGCGCCAACUGGGCCGGCACGCUCCUCGGCCUCCUCGAGGCCGUCUGCAUCCCCAUCCCCUUCGUCUUCUACCGCUACGGCCGCCGCAUCCGCGAGAAGUCCUCCCUCAUCCGCGCCAUGCAGCUCGAGCGCCGCCGCGAGGACCGCAAGGAGCGGAGGAAACUCGACCGCGCGGCCCUCGCGGCCGCCGAGGCGGAGAGGCUGAAGGGAGAGGGGGUCGAGGUGCAGGUCUCGAGGCCGCGCGACGGGAGGGAUCUGGAGAAAGGUGGGCUGUAA